ACUGCCUCUCACUUCUGACUGACUGACUGUCAGUCACACACACACACACACACACAUACAAACGGAACCGCUGUACUGUACCUGUUCCUUCAAUCCCUCACGGACUUAUAAUGAAAAUGUAUCAGUUAUUGGACACAGAGACACCAGGCACGAGUUCAACUGAGAGAGAGAGAGAGAUGAAGUACAGUGACACCAAAGAUUUCGCCAUGAGUGAGGAGACCGUAGUGUGGGUGUAGCUUUUCACUGGAGCAAGAAGCAAGAUAUCAGAAACAACAGCGUCCACACUCCCACAAAGGAGACGAUGGGCGAAGCUGAAGAUGGGCAGGCAGGACGUCUGUUUGAGAACUUUGUUCAGGCCACUGACUGUAAAAGUACCCUACAGGCCUUCAAUAUAAUGUGCAGUUACCUGGAUCUGGACCCUCUGGAGCACAGCACCUUCUACAGCAGUUUGAAGAGCGUGAUGACGUGCUGGAAGGCCAAAGCCCUGUGGAGUAAACUGGACAAGAGAGCCAGCCAAAAAGAGUACAAGAAAGGCAAAGCCUGUGAGGGCAUUAAGUGCUUGAUAAUUGGAGGGGGCCCGUGCGGCGUGCGGACUGCCAUCGAGUUAGCUCUCCUCGGAGCCAAAGUGGUGGUGAUCGAGAAGAGAGAUACAUUCUCCAGGAACAACGUCCUGCAUCUCUGGCCCUACACCAUUCAUGACCUCAGGGGCUUAGGGGCCAAGAAGUUCUACGGAAAGUUCUGUGCUGGAGCGAUAGACCACAUCAGCAUUCGGCAGCUCCAGCUCAUGCUCCUGAAGAUUGCUCUGCUUCUUGGUGUGGAGUUUCACGUUAAUGUGGAGUUCGUCAAGCUGGUGGAGCCUCCAGAGGACCAGGAGAAUGAGGGGCCGGGCUGGAGGGCGGAGAUCCGGCCUGCGGAUCAUCCCGUGGCCGACUUCGACUUUGAUGUGGUGGUGGGAGCCGAUGGGAGACGAAACUCUUUAGAAGGGUUCAGGAGGAAGGAGUUUCGUGGCAAACUGGCCAUCGCCAUCACGGCAAACUUCAUCAACAGAAACACCACAGCUGAGGCAAAGGUUGAGGAGAUAAGUGGAGUUGCCUUCAUCUUCAACCAGAAAUUCUUUCAAGAUCUCAAACAGGAAACCGGGAUUGAUCUUGAGAACAUCGUUUACUACAAAGACAACACACACUACUUUGUCAUGACGGCUAAGAAGCAGAGCCUGCUGGACAAGGGGGUCAUCAUUCAUGAUUACAUCGACACUGAGGCGUUGCUGAACAGUGAGAAUGUGAAUCAAGAGGCUUUGCUGGCGUAUGCUCGAGAGGCAGCCGACUACGCCACACACUACCAGCUGCCCACGCUGGACUACGCCAUCAACCACUGCGGGCAGCCUGAUGUGGCCAUGUUUGACUUCACCAGCAUGUACGCCUCAGAAAACGCUGCUCUGGUCAGGGAGAGGUUUGGUCAUAGUGUACUGGUGGCACUGGUGGGAGACAGCCUUCUCGAGCCCUUCUGGCCUAUGGGGACAGGCUGUGCCCGCGGGUUCCUGGCAGCCUUUGACACGGCUUGGAUGGUAAAAAGUUGGGCGCAGGGUAGUAAUCCACUCGAGGUGCUGGCAGAGAGGGAGAGUCUGUACCGAUUGCUACCUCAGACAAAGCCUGAAAACAUUGGCAAAAACUUUGAUUUGUACACCAUAGAUCCAGCAACACGCUAUCCAAACCUUAAUUCAAGCUGUGUGAGGCCACACCAGGUCCGCAACAACUAUAUCUGUGGAGAGAUGAAGUCAUGCUCUCUGGAACGGGCCGCCACGAUACGCCGUCCUGUCAACUUGGCCAGGCGAGAGUCUGAGAUCAGGCCGAGUCGGUUACUGACGUGGUGUCAGAAGCAGACGCAGGGCUACAGGGGUGUGAAUGUGACUGACCUCACUUCCUGUUGGAGCAGUGGCCUGGCUCUCUGUGCUCUCAUUCAUCACUUCAGACCGCAAAUCAUCGAUUACGACUCUCUGAAUGAGCAAGACUGUGCCAAAAACCUUCAGCUGGCAUUUGAUGUGUCCGAGAAGGAGUUUGGUAUCAAGCCGUUCAUCACGGGGAAAGAGCUGGCGUCAGGACCGGAGCCGGACAGGACCAGCAUGAGCACAUACCUCUCCAAAUUCUAUGAGCUUUUCCGGGGAACGCCUCUACCUCCUUCAGAUUCAAAGCGAGAUGGUGAUGCAAAUAAGGAAACAUGUCCUACAGCUUCCAGACCCGUUUACAGGUCCCUGAGUUUACAUCAGCCUCGUAAACGCAUACCCAAGAAUGAACAAAAGUCUGAAGACGAUGAUGCAAUAUACAAGAGAAGAAGGAAAAUCAGUUACUUAGAAGAGACAGCCAAAUCCUUCAAUCAGAGUUCUUCUGUAUCCAGUGAGGGACGGGAACUGAAGGAAAACAAGGUCAAGUUUAUGGCCACUCAACUUCUUGCAAAAUUUGAGGACAGCACAGCAAGCUGUUCUAUUCGCAGACAGUCUGACUGUGAUGGCGAGAGGCCUCCAAGACCUCCAUCGCUUGAUAUGACUGAUAGCCCCUUCUUUAACAUUAUCAGGAAGAAAGUUCCUCCACCCCCACCCCCUAAAAAACAGUUUCCACCCUCGGCUCCUCUCUUCCCCUCGCUUCAUUCCAGUCCUCUGAAUCCACAGAGGAAACCGCUUCACCCGACUCACACACACACUCACACACACUCAGAGGCAGAGAACACGGGUCACUCGGCAGUGCUGGCCAUGACAGCAAUGCUCCAGCGCCUCCAGAGGGUGGAGGAUGAGAUUAGCCAGAGGAAAGCCCAGACUCAAAAGGCCAGGGAGUUUCAUAAAAAAAGCAUAAAGGAGAAGGCUGUGCAUUUGAGCGCUCUGUUCUCAGGCGAGGCCUCCUCUCCGCAUCAGUCUGACACCAGCAGUAGCACAACAUCCUUUACUGUAAGAAAACAAACAGACAUUCUUCAAUCAAAUGGACACCCAAAUGCUCCCAAACAGCGCACAGUAGGCAGAGUGUCUCUAGUGGGCGCUAACGAUCACAGGCCUCAGCCAAGCAGCUCAGGCACUCCGCCUUCCUUAAAAAGAGAGUUUCCUCAGAGUCUGGGUGAUGUGUGUCACGCGUGUAAGAAGCGUGUGUUUGUAGUGGAGAGGCUCAGCGCUGAGGGAUUGCACUUCCACAGGGAGUGUUUCCGCUGCGACACAUGCAGAGCUCCGCUGCGCCAGGGAGGACACUCCUUCGAUUCGGUGGAAGGAAAGCUGUACUGCAAACUCCACUUUGCUCAACGGAAAUCCUUAGUGACGAAUGGAAGAUCGCAAAAUCUGCACACGACGUGUAACAACGGAUCCCCCGACGGCUCUCGCUGGAGUCCAGAGGAACGCGAGACUCAUCUUCAGGCCGAGUCUCCAGAGGUGGCUUACGUUUCAGAAACCCACACGCAGGCCGGGCGCACUCGUGCCAAUGAAAGCAGGUCAUUAGUUCCCUAAAUGGCCUUUAGUUAAAGUUGCACCUUUAUUGGACAUGUUGUAAAACUGUUUAAAGUGUUUCUUGCUGUAUGUUUUCCAUUUGAAACAUUUGUUGCCUUAUUUAUCUUAAGCCAUACUCUUGCAAUAAAAAAAGAUAAAAGGU